AUGGAACACAUCGACUGGACUUCUCUGUUUGAAAUCGAGGCCAAGUUGGUGACUUCGGCCCACCCCGACUCGUCUCAACUGCUCCUCGCCAGACUAGAGAAACAGCAAAACUCUCGACAAUCGUCGCCCCGAGCCUCGCUGUCUGCGCCUGACGACAUCUGUACCAUUCCCCUGGACCAGCUGGAGCAUCAGGUCAACACAUACGAGAGCGCCAUUCCCGGCAUAUCCUCGUCGCCUGUGUCCCAGAAGGACCUGUCGUUCUGGUCGGCCGCUAUGGUAUCCUUUAACGACUGCGCCACUCGAAUCCCCCACUACUCGUGCGACAUGGUGAGAGGGGGUGUGCCUCCUGCUCUCAGAGGAGACAUCUGGAAGUCCAUGGCCUACACUUCUGGAGGCGACUGUGGUUCCAGCGAGGACAUUGCAUCUCUCAAGUACCUCUACGACUCGCUGGCCAACGAGUGGACCCCCUACGUCAAGAUAAUUGGCCGAGACCUGCACCGAACAUUCCCCGAAAUCGACUUGUUUCGAGAACAGGAAGGUAAGGGCCAAAUCAUGAUGGGUAAGGUGCUACGUGCCUACUCGGCCUAUGACAUGCAGGUGGGCUACUGCCAGGGCCUGACGUUCCUGGUGGGACCUCUGCUGCUGCACAUGGAUGAUUGCGACGCGUUCUGUGUGCUAGUCAAGUUGCUGGAAAACUAUGACCUGCGGUCCAUGUUCGCAGCCGACAUGGCCGGCCUGCAUCUCAAAAUGUUCCAAUUUGAGAGCCUGUUGGAGCAGCAGCUGCCUGAGAUCCAUGCCCAUCUCAAGUCGCUCAAUAUCAACACUAUCUACGCUUCUCAAUGGUUCAUGUCACUGUUCGCUGUCACCUGCCCUCUGCCUAUGCUGGUACGUAUCUACGACCUGAUGUUCCUUGAGGGCGUGACUGAAACGCUCAUGCGAACCGCUAUGGCCAUUCUCAAGCGAAACAAGUACAACAUUCUUAACAUGACCGAGGAAGAGGACGUGCUGCAGCACCUACUGGGACGACGUCUGUGGGACGUCUACGGAGGGGACGGGGAUCUACUUGCUAGUGACAUCACCAGCGCUCAUCUAGGAUCUCCCGACGUCCUCACCCAGCUGGAGCAUGAGUAUGAGACCAUGCUUGAGGAGCGACGACGGGUUAAGGAUCUCGCCAAGGAGAUGAAGGACGUGACCCCGCUGCCUAAGAGCAGAUCUCCCAAGCGGUUCUUUUCGCAGGGCUGGUCUCUGUCGUCGCUCCGAGUCCCUGGCGACCGGUCAGCUUCUGUCUCGACUAAUUCCGACCGUUCAACACGGUCCGUGUCCGGCUCCGGAGCCUCCAUGGUGUCGGUCGACACCGAAAUCAUGUCCCAGGUGGACUAUGCAUCCUCUGUGUCGUCAUUCGACAUGUCUCCUACUGCUGGUAAGACGGAGGCUGCGGUUGCUGCUCUUGAACUGGAGCUUCAGCAACUGCGAAAGGAACUGGAGCAGGAGAAGCAGGAGCGAAAGAAGGACAGAGAGGUGGUUGGAGCCUACAUCAAGGGCGUCGCCGCCGAAGAUGGCUCUUUGGACAUGCUCAAGAGCCAGUUCGGAGAAGCUUCUUCUUCUGCACUUUCAUACGAAGAUCUCAUGAUGCAGCUGGCUGAGAGCAAGACCAACGAAGCUCUUGCCAAGCAGCAGAUUGAGGAUCUUCGGGACGAGCUCUCGCAAAUGGGACUCUCCAAAGACACUCUCAUGGUGCCCAAGACCACCGCAAAGCACUCCAAGAAGGAGAGCGGCACUUGGCUCAAGUGGUAG